CUUCUUUCCCACAAUGCUCAGCGAGCAUCACCACCAAGAUGGCCGACGCUAUGGAGGAAUAUGAGAAAGAGGCUGGCUGCGUCCCUAUUCUCCAUCCUGAGGAAAUCAAACCCCAGAGUCACUACAACCACGGCUACAGCGAGAACGUCAGCCGUAAAAACCAUGUGGACGACUACAGCACCUGGGACAUUGUCAAAGCCACACAGUACGGUAUCUUUGAGCGCUGCAGGGAGUUGGUGGAGGCGGGCUUCGACGUUCGGCAGCCAGACAAAGAAAACGUAACACUCCUCCACUGGGCCGCCAUCAACAACAGGAUAGACUUGGUUAAGUACUACAUAUCAAAGGGAGCCAUAGUUGACCAGCUAGGAGGAGACCUCAACUCUACACCUUUGCACUGGGCUACAAGACAAGGUCAUCUAUCCAUGGUGGUGCAGCUCAUGAAAUAUGGUGCAGACCCAUCUUUGAUUGACGGCGAGGGCUGCAGCUGCGUCCAUCUGGCCGCCCAGUUUGGCCACACUUCCAUUGUGGCCUACCUUAUCGCCAAAGGACAGGAUGUAGAUAUGAUGGAUCAGAAUGGCAUGACUCCUCUGAUGUGGGCAGCUUACAGGACACACAGUGUGGACCCCACGAGGCUGCUACUGACCUUUAACGUCUCCGUCAACCUGGGAGACAAAUAUCACAAGAACACGGCGCUGCACUGGGCCGUGCUGGCCGGCAACACCACCGUUAUCAGCCUGCUGCUGGAUGCUAAUGCUAACGUUGACUCACAGAACAUCAAGGGUGAAACACCGCUGGACCUCGCCAAGCAAAGGAAGAAUGUUUGGAUGAUCAAUCACUUACAGGAAGCACGGCAGGCCAAAGGUUACGACAGCCCGUCAUACCUGAAAAGGCUGAAGAUGGACAAGGAGUUCAGGCAGAAAGUGAUGUUGGGAACACCUUUCGUGGUUAUCUGGAUCGUCGGUUUCAUCGCCGACCUGGACGUCGACUCCUGGCUGAUCAAGGGCAUCAUGUACACUGGCGUCUGGGUUGCAGUGCAGUUCCUCUCCAAGGCUUUUUUUGACCACUCCAUGCACAGCGCUCUCCCUCUAGGAAUCUACCUGGCAACCAAGUUUUGGAUGUACAUCACCUGGUUCUACUGGUUCUGGAAUGAUCUGCCAUUCGCCACUGUCCAUAUGCCCUUCCUGGUCAACAGCCUGGCUUUGUUCUACAACUUUGGGAAAUCCUGGAAGUCUGAUCCAGGAAUCAUAAAAGCUUCAGAGGAGCAGAAGAAAAAGACAAUUGUGGAGCUGGCUGAGACGGGCAGCCUGGACCUGAGCAUAUUCUGCAGCACCUGCUUGAUACGGAAGCCCAUCAGGUCCAAACACUGCGCCGUGUGCAACCGCUGCAUCGCCAAGUUUGACCACCACUGUCCCUGGGUGGGGAAUUGCGUAGGAAGUGGGAAUCAUCGCUACUUUAUGGGCUAUCUGUUCUUCCUGCUCUGCAUGAUCUGCUGGAUGAUGUAUGGCUGCGUCUGCUACUGGAGGGCCCACUGUGCCACCAGUUAUGCCAAGGAUGGCUUCUGGCUCUACCUGACUCAGAUCGCCUCCUGCUCGCCGUGGAUAUUCUGGAUGUUCCUUAACAGCUUGUUCCACUUAAUGUGGGUGGCCGUGCUCAUCAUGUGUCAGCUCUACCAGAUCGCAGCUCUGGGAAUCACUACCAAUGAAAGGAUGAAUGCUCGGAGAUACAAGCACUUUAAAGUCACAGCCACGUCCAUCGAAAGCCCCUUCAACCAUGGUUGCAUCAGAAACCUCAUCGAUUUCUUUGAGAUCCGCUGCUGUGGCCUCAUCCGGCCCGUGACGGUGGACUGGACCACGCAGUACACAAUAGACUACGACCAGACAUCUGGGUCAGGCUACCAACUGGUGUAGAGAGGAAAAGUCAGAGGAGGAUGAAGAGGAAGCAAGGGGGAGUGGAGAGUGGCUGGAUGGAGGGAAGAAGAAGAAGGUGUUUUUUGGAAGGAUUACUCUCCUCGCCCCUCCCUUUCGGCGUUCAUAUCUGAGCGAUGCUGUACUCAGAAGUGCUUGCUGUUUUUAUUUUGAACUUUUUGGACCAUCGCUCCCUCACCAAUCGAAAGACUUUGGGGGGAAAAAAAAAGUUUCAGCCAGGACGAGCAUGCAGUAACGGGGCAACACCUUCACCCGCACCAUCUUUACUACUAUUACUACUAUUACUCUCCAACUUUAGACUCCAUUAGUCUUUACUAUCCAACCCCCACCCCCCCCCACCUUGUCUCCUCUCCUCAGCCUUUUUUGGACGGUUUUCGCUGCCAAACACGAUGAGAGAGGAAGACAGAUGAGAAGUACAAAAUCUAAACCUUUAGAAGCUGCAGACCCAGCAGUGCCACCAGGAGGCAGUGUUGUUCCUUCCCCCUCCCCUCCCCUUUUUUCCAUCUUAUUUAUGGUGUCCCUGUCGAUGUGCCCUGUUCGUAUUUGAUGUUUUCAGUUGGUUCAGAAACUUUAAUGUUUCUGUGAUAACCUGAGGUGGCCAGGGAAACUAAAGUAAGGUUUUAUAAAAAAGAUUAAAACAUGCAUUUGUUUCUUAGUAUGAUAGGAAUAAGGGAAUGUCUUUUUAAGGUCUUGAUUUUGCACCGUGAAGCGUUUUGAGUGGAACUGAGGAGGAUUUGCCAACGUCGCUGAACUUAUCAGAGAAAAAUGUUGGGUUACAGGUGAAGCUACCGGAGGAGUCUCACGUCUUACCUGCCGAAAAAUAAGCUGCAGUCACUGUAGUCUCUUUUUUUGUUUGUUUUAUGCAAAAUAAUAACCUUAAAACAGUUGUGCAGUAUUUAAUGCAGGAUUAAGUGCUUGAUUUGAGACUCCUUCAGCAGUGACGGCUCUUAACAUGAUAGAAAAAUAUCCUACAGACAAUGUGAUACAGUAUAUUUAUUUUAAAACUAUUUAUAGAUAAAGUAAAUGUUCUAGCGCCAUCAUUUUUACAUGUCACGUCAUUUUAGCUAAAUAGGUUUUUAUGAGGAGAAAAUUAGUUGAGAAGUAGCUGUUUUAUUCAUGGAAGCCUGGGAACUUUCCCUCUAAAACUAUAGACAGGUACAGGUGAGUUGUAUUUAUUGACAGCAGAGUUAAGGAAAAGGAACGCCACAGAUGAGUUUACAAGAAUGCUUCAUUCCAUGUUUCUCUCCAGAAGCUGUAAAGUCUUAUUUGUUUUGUGUGUUAUUUGUCUGCCUACAACAUUGCACUGAUUGUUUUUUGUUUUUUUUUAAAUUGUUUUAUUUGGCCAUUACUGAACAGAAAGGCCCAACAGCUGCGCUACUCACGCUUCCAUUGUUCGCAGAAAGGAAAGGGAAAGGGCUCGUCAAACAUGGCCGCCUCCCGUCACUUUCUGUGCAGACUUUAGCAGGAUGGACAGAGAUGUAAAGAAUGUGCUUUUGUACAUAAAUACUCUUUCCCUGGCUUUUUUCCUUUUUUUCCCCCCCUCCUUCUUUUUGUCAGUGUUAGUCGAAGGUGCUCCUGGAUUAUAAUUUUUUUUAUUUAUUUAUUUUUUUUUAUUUGAGGUGUUUAGGUUGGGAAAAUUCCUCCAACCAAACAGUAAGGAAAGACUCAAGUGACUAUACUCCCAAGUGUAUGACUGUAGCUUUUAGUGAUGUCCGACACUGCUGUCUAUAGGCUUUUUAACCCUGAAAUUUACACCCCCAUCCCUCCUCGCCAAGAAACUCCAUUGCAUGUACGAUGCUUUGGGCAUCUGGGCUCUCGCCGUCUCCAUCCGGCUCAGAGGCGGUCACCAUGGUGACAGCCCAGCAAGCCACGUGUCUGUAUAUAGUGAAUGUUAAGUAUUUGCAAGUACUUUUCUGCAUUAUGUUCAUUUGUCUUUAUUUUUAUUUUUAUCCCCACCCCCCUUCUUUUCCCCAAAUCCAGCGUAUUUAGUGGAAAUUGUCAUUCAAGUUGGCAGAUUUCCAAUCAGGCCUCAUGUGCAAGUGUGUAAUAUAUUUGAUUGUUUCAUGCUUGUGGACUCUUUGGUUUUCUUUUUUCUAUGUCAUACAUGGCUGGGUUUGUUAUACCACUGGAUGUACAAAUUGUAAAGCAAAGACACUACAGAACUAAGGCAGACGCCAAUUUUUCUUUCGUUUUCUAAAAGCGGAAAUGUGAUCACGCAAUAGUUUCAAAGGAUAGACGGAGGUUAUAUUAAAAGGCCUCCUGAACGUUUGGGCCUCAUGUUUGCAUCGUCUAGACGGGGACGAUUAUGUCAUCAUUCCACGUUUCAAACCUUCAUCGUACUAACCACUGAUGUCACUGCUGCCCUACAAAGAUGACACACAGCAGCUGUGUUUUUGUGUGUGUGUGUGACUCAUAUCAAUAACUAGCCACAUGCGCUCAAAUAUGUUGGUUAGUGUGUUUAUUUUGGGGCAGAGUUCACCACUUCAGGCUCAUCCAGGACUUGAUGUCGCACUAGUUCUUCCAGCAGCCUAAAGAGUCUCUAUCCUGUCUCCCCUCUCACCCUCACCAUGUGGGAUAGUAGAAGAUGAAGAGAAAAAAAAAUAAAGCACAUCAUCAUCUCCAGUGCCUCUCUGCCCACCUUCAGACACCACUGUAACUCCGCUUCAGAUGUAAACAUAUGGGCAUGGUUCAGUUUUAAUGGCUUUAAUAAUAAAAUACAGUCAAAUGUGAA